ACCCGAGAAUGCGUGACCCGAUUCCAACGUGACAGAUUUUUAAAUUGAUAUUUCACAACUUUUCUCAUAAAACUACAAAACAGUAAAGUCGUGAAAUGAAUGCGAUAACAUUAAAAUAAAAGUUUUUUACUCAAACAACAAUGCGUUUGUUAUUUUUUGCAGUUUUUCUUUAUUAUGUUAGUUUUAUAGAAUGCAAGUUGUGGAGUAAGGGAGUUGUACAUUAUGCUAUCAAUAAGAAGGAUUAUGAUAUGCACUCUCAAGAUAUAAUAGUGUCAACCUUCGAGAAAAUAGAGAAGGAGAUUUGCGUGAAAUUCUUCAACACGCCUCUAAAUUACACCGCCACUAGCAAAGACAAGAUACUGUAUAUUGCCAACCCGGAUAAACGCAAGAGUUGUCCCCCUGUGAAGUACGAUUAUGAAAAAACUAUCGUGGACAUGCCCAUUGGCUACAAAUGUCUUCAAGACCGAGAUAUAGCCAGGAUAAUUGUCGACAUGCUGCGAGCUAGCAUUGAAAAACCAAUACCAGCGAACAGUAAUGAUUUGUUAAGAAGAUUCCAAGAAAAGACUGACGACACACCCAGCUCGAGUCUCCUCGCAGCGUUAGACCGUAACUUCAUAAACACUCACUACCACGAGGAGUGUAGCGACCUGGUGAAGAAGCCGGUGGUGACGCGCCGCUCCGCCGCCGGCACCCUCGAGAUGUCGCCGCAAAACGAGGAGUUCUAUAGAGACAAGGUCUGGCCUCUCGGGAUCGUUAUGUACCAGUUCGAUGACAGAAUUGAGCGCCACGAGAGGUUGCAGAUCCAGCAAGCGAUGAGGACCAUCGAGCUGUCUAGCUGUAUCGUCUUCAAGAUGAUUAAAGCGCAGAGUGCGCUCAAGCCCAAGAACUUCCUGUGGUUUACACCCGAAGAAGUGGACGAUCAUAUGCCACUUGGCUUCACGGGAGGCAAUGUGACGGUGUCAAUAAUCUCGCCGCGUCUCCAUCGUAUCAACCAGACCAGGAUGCGGGAUCAAUACGAUUUGAUCAUAGAAUAUCUGAAGAUCUUCGGAUGGCCGAUGAUGUCCAACCGGUUCGAUCGUGACAACUACGUCACUAUCAACUGGAAAAACGUUAUGAAGACUAAGGAGCACUACUUAGAAAGAAUGCCAGAGGAUGCGUGGCUCCUGAACUCUGAGGGCGAGGGCGCGCCGUACGACUUCGACAGUAUCACGCAUGCGCCUGUCGACUACAUGUGUGCCGACUGCUCGCUGGGACAACAGACUGUGCAGCCGCUUCAUGUGAGACACGGAUGCCCAUCAUCAUCUUCCGAGCCUUUUUCUCAACUAUGUUGGGGUCGGCUUCCAGUCUAA